AGGUUGAACGGGACUCACUUGGUUACUCUAAUCCUUGACUCCGAACCAAUUUCUAUUCUUUGUCAUUUCAAUUUGAGAGAUUUUGGAUGUGGAGAUGGAGGAUGGACACCGGUAAUGAAGAUGGACGGCAACAAGGUAACAUCUGCUGAGUAUUUGUCUCGGAUCAGUCUAACGCCCGUUCCCUUUUAAGUUCCAACAAAUUCCCUUCUUGUUUUGCAAAUUUAUUGAUUAUUUUGAACUCAUCAACGUACAUGAAAUAGUCUGUGUGAAAUUCUGAAAGCUCUUCAGCUGGUUGGAGCAUUAUUGGAUGGGUGGGGGGUGGGGGGGACUUCAAAACCGUUUAGGGUCAUUAUGGCCACCAGACCUUGCGAUUUUAUCUAAAAUUUAGCUGGGGACAUUUCAUGUUGUUCGUGACGUAAACUUCAACAUGGAAGUUGCCAUAACAACAGAGUAUUGUCAGCCAUGUCCUGUACUAUUCUAUUCCAUUUCCACAAGAAAGGACUUAUUCCUGAAUUCUUGAUGGAUAAGUAAAGCAAUAAGUAAUUAGAAAAGUAAUGUAUUAAACGUCCUGCUUACAAAAGGGCUAAGUAAACGUUUAUCACAAAGCAUCACAGGGUCUGAAACAUGGAUCUUGCAAUAUGCAUCAUUUUUCACUGAAGCAAACUUACAUGUAAUUGGAAUAGGUGUAUACAUGGUUUUAAGAGAAUUAAAGGGGGAAUGGAUAAGCUCCAACCAAGUCUUAUAUCAGUUUUUAUAUUAGUCAAUUCACUAAGGAGUUAAAAUUCUUUCACAGAGUACUUUUCGUUACGAUAAUAACAUCUGGAAAAGCAGAAGAGCCUUAAACCGUGACGGAGGGAAGACUGGGUUCGACUCACAGGAGACCAAACUUCCCUCCUACUGGAGCACAUCCUUCUCCAAGAUCUGCCUCGGCAUGAAGAUCGGUCAGCAGCCGGUCAGGUUUAUUGUCAUCAACAAGCUGGCGAACUCCUUGUACUCUCUGAUCGCUGAUGGGCAAUACCGCGGCACCUCACUGGGUCGUGACAAGUGGAAGUCGCUGAUUGGUUGUGAGGCCUCCUUCCAGAAAAACUGUAACAAGGAAGGGUUUAACGUAAAGCCUAGUGGCGGCAGCUACUACAGAACAAGAAUCGGUAUUCUGGGUAACAAUGAAGACAACUGCGGUAAUUGUGACUCCGUAAUCGGAUUUGGUAAUAGUGGAUAUCUUGGUAACUAUUGUGGGAAUUUGGCUCCUUUCAAAGCAGACAACGGCGAUAAGAAUAUUACAGGGAUAGGUUAUGUCCUGGUGCAGUGA